UCAGCACAAAUAUUUUUUAAGUCGCGUGAAUCGGCUUUUAAGAGACAACAACGGAAAGUCGCGGCUUCAGUCGCAGUUCGGGCAUGAAAAAAUCACCUUUCGACAGAAAAUGGAACACAAAACAAGUAUCUACACGUUCAUCGCUGGCAUUUCAGUGAAUUUUUUAUCUCUCGGGACUGGAUUCGUAUACGGGUGGUCCUCGCCAAUGUUGCCCAAACUUAACGGUCAAGUCGAUCCGGAAUACAACCCCCUGCCUUCUCCCGCCACGCUCGAACAACAAACCUGGAUGACUUCGUUGUCGAGCCUGGGGGCACUUUGCGGUCCCUUCCUCACGGCGUACAUUUCCGAAGAGAUCGGCAGGAAAAAGACCCUUUUGCUGUUCGCUCUGCCCUGCAUAGCGGCUCACGUGAUCAUCGUAUUCGCUUCUAGCGUCGAGGAGUUUUACGUCGCUAGGUUGUUGAUGGGGCUCACCGUAGGUUGCGUUUACACCGUAGUCCCAUUAUAUGCGGCGGAAAUCUCCGAAAACCACAACCGGGGCCUUAUAAACCUCCUUAUGUUUUUUCUCUACGCGAUCGGCCAUUUUGCGGCGGUCGCCAUCGGUCCCUACGUCACCGUCCAACACUUCAGCGUCUAUUCGUUGGUACCUCUCGUCUCCUUCCUCAUCGUAUUCGGUUUCUUCAGCCCGGAAACGCCGUACUACUUUAUGCUGCGUAAUAAACCGGAAGAAGCGGAGAAAAGCCUCAAACUGCUACGCGGCGGCGGCAACAUCGAGAAGGAGCUGAAGGAAAUCCACGAACAGGUGGAACACACCAAAGACAUGGGUCUAUUCCGGAGCUGCAAUAGUCUGUUCACGUCCAAGCAUUCGAUCAAAGCGCUGACUUGGUCGUUGCUGCUGAUGAGCUUCCAACAGCUGAGCGGCUACAUUUACGUCGCUUCUUACACCCAGACCAUUUUCGACUUGGCUCAUAUAUCGUUUCCCAAUGAGAUCGCCGUCAUCCUCGUUUUUUUCAUUCAGAUAAUCUUCGUUCUGGCGGCUUUCCUCGUUAUAGACAGAUUGCCUCGUCGACUGCUCGCCGUGCUCAGCUUAUCAACCACCAUGAUCUUGGCGCUCAGCAUGGGGACCUAUUUCUAUUUGCUCCAACGAAACGUCGACCUCCAAGCCGUCUCGUGGCUACCUAUGGUACUAUUCGUGUUUUACGUCGCUUCGUACAACAUCGGAAUUGGACCGAUAGCUUACAUCAUACCGGGUGAAAUAUUCGAUCCCCACGUCAAGUCGAUCGGCAUCACGUUGGUUACGGUGCUGGCGUUCGGGUGGCAAUUUUUCAGUACGGUCCUGUUGCCCAAUUUUGCCGAAAAGUACGGCAACGAGACCCCCUUUUGGGUGUUUUCGGCGUCCGCUUUCGUGUCCGUGUUUUUCAUAUACGGCUGCCUGCCGGAGACCAAGGGGAAGAGUUUCUUGGAGAUCCAAUCUUUUCUGAGAGCCAAGACCAAUUAGAAGAAGAACGAGUAUCUAGGUUAGGUAUGGGGAGUCUGCGGAUUUGAAGAUGUAACUCUUUCGCACCGUGUGCGGAAACUAUUAAACAAUAAA